AGGCUCCCAGUGCCCAGCCUCUUCUAUCCGGCAUUCUGCGAGCAGCAAAUCCAGAGACUCCUCGGUGCCUCCUAACCCUAGCCGCCAGGCUCCAGUGCUGAGCGCGCCGCCCCGCCCCGCCCCGCCUCUCCCUCGGUGCCUCCGAGUCUCCGACCUGAGUGCGCCGCCCCGCCCCGCCUCUCCCUCGGUGCCUCCGCGGUCCACGUCCGGCCGUCCGCCCAGGGCCCAGGCAGUUGCUGCCUGCUGACUUGCUGCCGUCCACCAGGCCGCUAGGCACACAACACACUGCUUCUACAGUUCUACGGCCAGCGCCCAGCGGUCCAGUCCAGGUUAGUGCUUUUGCCAUUAUUUGCUCUUAAUCUCAUGGAGAGUGGAGACCUUUUGUUUGUUUGUUGCCCACACUAGACGCGUUGCUUUUGUUUGUUUGCUGCCCACACUAGGCACAUUAUUGUUUGAUGCUAAAAUUAUUAUUUGAGGUUGUACCUGCCCGAUUGUCAUCCCUAAUCACGACUGUGUGAGAGGGUCGAUCGAUCAGCUAGUAGAAGGGCAGGUUAAUGGUACAUAAGUGCUGCCCUCAUUGCUUUGCUAGCUCUUGCAGAACGCAUCAGGCACACCUAGGUAUGGAUAAAUCCUACAUAAAGAGUAUGGAUAAAUCAUGGAUCACAAGUGAGGCUAGGUACAAAGCAACUUUUCAUAGCAACUCUUAUGUUUUUCUAUAGUUAUAUUGAUAUGUAGCAUAGGAACUGUAUGUAGGGAGACAAAGGUUUAUAAACAAGGGGUGAAUGGUUUUCUAGCUUUUGCAUUUAGACAUUCAGUAAUAGGAAACAAGAUACUAUGCCCUUGCAAGAAGUGUGUUAACUCAUUUUGGAGAGAGGCCGGUGAAGUGCGAGAACACUUGAUAUGUGAUGGUUUUCUAAAAGGGUACACAACAUGGACCUUACAUGGAGAAGCUUCGUCCUCUUUUGUGAAUCAUGGUAACAAUGAUGAUGAGUUUAGCGAGCAUCCUACAGAAGAUGAUGCAAUAUCUGAGUUGUUAAAGGAUUUAGCUUGUGGUUUAGAUGAUGGAGGGGAUAUGGAGGAUGAUGGGUCUUUUGACGAACCUAAUGAAGACACAGUAGCCAUUCGUAAGCUAGCAGAAGACAUAGUCAAGAAUUAUAUCCGGGUUGUCAAAACUACUCAAAGCUACGUUUCCUAGUUCGUUUGCUUCACAUCAAACUUCUUGGAGGAUGGACAGAUAGAAGUUUUGAUUUGUUGGUAGAUUUACUUGUUGAUGCACUACCUAAGGGUUUGGCACUUCCUAGAAACUUUCAUGAAGCAAAGAAAGUGGUCAAAUCUGUAGGAGUCGGGUACACUACAAUUCAUGCAUGUGAAAAUGAUUGCAUUCUAUUUUGGAAGGAGCAUAAAAAACUUGAUUCAUGCUCGGUAUGUAGUGUCUCACGUUGGAAAUCAGAAAAGAAGAGUCUAGAUGGGAAACGUGAGUACAAAGUUCCUAGGAAGGUGCUUCGUUAUUUUCCUAUUAAAAAAAGACUCCAAAGAUUGUUUGUUUCUUCUAAAUUUGCAAGUCUCACAAGGUGGCAUGAUGAACACAGAGUAAAAGAUGGUUUGCUUAGGCAUCCUGCCGAUUCACCCUUGUGGAAAGAUAUUGAUCAAAAGUAUCCAGAAUUUGCUAUGGAUAGUCGUAAUAUCCGCUUAACAUUUGCUACAGAUGGUUUCAAUCCAUAUAGGACAAUGAAUGUUAGUUACAGUUUUUGGCCAGGCAUAUUGAUUCCACUCAACUUUCCACCAUCGAUGUGCAUGAAGGAUUCAAAUUUUAUCUUGUCUGUCUUAAUUCCUGGUCGAUCUUCUGCGGGUAGUGAUAUGGACGUUUAUUUUCAGCCCCUUAUCUAUGAUCUGCUUGAUAUGUUUGUUAAUGGUGUGAAGACCUAUGAUGCCUCAAAGGGUGAAUACUUUCAGUUGUGUGCUGCAAUAAUUUGGACCAUCAUUGAUUUCCCUAGUCUAGGCAGUGUAUCCGGAUUUGUCACCUCUGGUGAAGCAGCAUGUCCUGAUUGCCACUCAUUGAUUUGUUCUCUCAGACUUGGAAAUGGUAGCAAGUCUUGCUACAUGGUACAUCGUAGGUUCUUACAUCCAAACCACCCAUUUAGGUCUGAUGUUGAUUCAUUUGGUGAAAGUGAGUUGAGGCCAGCACCUACUCCUCUUUCAGGAGAGGAAAUUUUGGAUUGUACAAAAAAUUUGAAAACAAUUUAUGGCAAGAAGCCAUCAGGUAAGCCAAUAAGGAAUCAGAAACGCAAAUAUAUGAAACCAUUAGUCUUUUUGAAAAGGAGACCUAUUUGGUUCACUCUUCCAUAUUGGAAGGACUUGAAAAUUCGAUAUAAUUUUGAUGUCAUGCACAUAGAGAACAAUGUGUGUGACAAUAUAAUUAAUACUUUGUUGGACAUUGCUGGAAAAUCUAAGGAUAAUCUGAAUGCUCGCUUGGAUCUUCAAGCUUUAGGUAUUAGAAGCGACCUUCAUCCUAUUGAACUAGAAGCUAAUCAAUUUUAUUUGCCUCCUGCACCCUACUCAAUGAGCUCUGUUGAGAAGAAAUUGUUUUGUCAAGUAUUAAAAGGGGUCAAGUUUCCUGAUGGAUAUGCCGCUGAUAUACGACAUAAUGUUCUUGUCAAUGAAAAAAAGAUAGUUAAUCUUAAUACUCAUGGCAACCACAUUCUUCUACAAGAUUUACUGCCACUUGCUGUCCGGAGAGUUCUCCCUCAAGAAGUUAGUGUUGUGCUGAUUCGUUUAAGCACGUUCUUUAGAAAAUUGUACUCUCCUGUUAUUCGAAUAAGUGACACGCAAAGGUUAGAAUCUGAGAUAGCUGAAAUCUUGAGCCUUUUAGAGAUUAUUUUCCCUCCAUCAUUUUUUACCAUUAAUGUACAUUUGAUGGUACAUCUUCCUACCCAAGCAAGAGUGGCAGGCCCAAUCCAUUUUCGAAGCAUGUGGCCGGUGGAGAGGUUUCUAAAAAAAUGCAAGGGCUAUGUGCGUACAAAAAGUCACCCGGAAGGAUCAAUUAUGGAGGGUUCUUUGUUUGAUGAGGCUCUCACGCUUUGUUCUCGGUAUUUACAAGAUGAGACCCACUUCAACCAUAGAGUUAGAAAUCGCUUACCAACACAAAUUUGUGUUACAACUCCAUUCUUUCACAAAAUUGGUCGAGCAUUGGCUGGAAAGUGUGUUGUCAAUUUAGAUCACAAGACAUGGCUUCAAGCACAUAGAUAUGUCCUUUUCAACUAUUCCAACAUAGAAACAUAUUUAAACAAACAUGCUCAAUACCUCUCAUCAAUUGGUGUUCGAAAUCAACGUGAGACCAACCACAUGCAACAUAAAACCUUCCAUGAGUGGUUCAGGUUACAUGUUGAGGAAACAUGUGAGGAGGCCUCAGAAGAGAUCAAAAUUUUAGCUAAGGGACCAAUGAUGAUUGCACAUCAUUAUAACAACUACUCAAUAAAUGGAUUCAACUUCCGUACACAAUCAUAUGAUGAGAAUAGAACAGAUAUAGAUGGUGUCAUUGUUAGUGGAGUAAAACAAGGAAAAAAAUCUAGAAAGAAAAAAAUGGCAAGCGCAAGAGAAAGCAAUAAAGAUGGAUCAUGUAGUGAAUACGAGCAGCUGAAGCAAGAAAAUAUUGAAAGAAAUAAAAGGAGGUUGGCAUCUCUUAACAUCCCUGAAAUCGUCAAGAGUAUGGAGCACCAAGGUCCAUCCAAAAAAAUUUCAAAGAAAAAACAGAAGACAAGUGUUCCAACAACUAAACCUCCAAACUUGCGACCAAGGCCACAAAGACAAAGUGUUCCAACAACUAAACCUCCAAACUUGCGACCAAGGCCACAAAGGCAAAAUGCUCAACCUCAAGACGAACAAGCGAUUGCUGAUUUGCAGACGGAGGGAGAUUUUCUCACUGACAAUGUUGAAGUUUCCGAGGAUGAUCCAAUCAAUGCUACAAAAAAGAGGCCUGCAAGGGGCAUAACUAAGAUGGAGGGAAUAUUCUCAAGGCCACCUGAAAUGCCAAAAAUCAAAAUUUUACUCAAUGAUCAAGGUCAGCCUAUUGGUAAAAGUGCUAGACAACUUUCAAGUGCUAUUGGGUGUCAAGUUAGAAAGAAAUUGUCUAUUGCUACCACGGACUGGAGGCUUGUUGAUAUAAACAAGAAGUAUGAGUUGUGGGAGGAUAUAAAGACAUAUUAUGAUGUAGAUGUUGCUGCCUUAAACUGGGUGAUGCGCACAACUGGAAAGAAGUGGAAGCAAUUUAAAGCAUCCAUAAAGCAACAAUACUUCAAUCCUGAAUUGUCUAUAAAAGAAAUUCCAGAAUGUCCUGAUAAGAGGGUUAAUGAUGAUGAUUGGCACUCUAUGUACAACUAUUGGAUGUCUUCUGAACUUCGGGAUCGCUCAGAAAAAGCUAAAAUAAAUCGACAAAAGCUAAAGAUGCACCAUACAACCGGCAGUGUGAGCUAUGCAUGUUCAGAAUAUGAUUUGGCUGUGAAACUAGGACGUCCUCCACGAAGAGAUGAAAACUUUAUCCAAACCCAUACAAGAAAAAGUGGUGUUCCUACAGAACAGGCAAAACCAAUAAUUGACCAACUUAAUGAUGUUCUUGGAGUAUAUCCAGAGUUAAAGGGUCGGUCAAUUCAAGAGGGUGAUGCAUUCUCUGUUGUUUGUGGAGCGAAAGAGCCAAAAGGAUAUGUUCGUGUUUUGGGUUUAGGCCCUACUCCUCAAGAUAUUAGCACUCCAGAGUUGAAGUCUUAUACUGCAACAAGACGACAAAUGGAGAUUCUUGCUCGUACAAAGGUUCAAAGUGAGAAGGCUGCUUUAGAAGAGCGUGUACUUGAGCUACAGACUCAAAUUGAGCAAAGGGCUCAACCAGACCGGGCAAGUGAAGAGCCCAUGUCACAUCGCGGCUCUACUUCAUUUGAACAUAAGGUAUUCAAUAUUUUCAUUCAUGCUGCUUUAUCCUAA